AUGGGAUUGUCUAUUUCGAAAUUGCUUCAGGGCCUUUUUGGUCGCAAAGAGAUGAGAAUUUUAAUGGUGGGUCUUGAUGCUGCCGGUAAAACCACUAUUCUAUAUAAGUUGAAGUUGGGUGAGAUUGUCACCACAAUUCCAACUAUCGGUUUCAACGUUGAAACCGUGGAGUACAAGAACAUCUCCUUCACCGUCUGGGACGUUGGUGGACAAGACAAAAUUAGACCAUUGUGGAGACACUACUUCCAAAACACCCAGGGAAUCAUCUUCGUUGUCGACUCCAACGACAGAGACCGUAUUCUUGAAGCUAGAGAGGAGUUGCAAAGAAUGUUGAACGAGGACGAAUUGAGAGAUGCAUUGUUGUUAGUUUUCGCAAACAAACAAGACUUACCAAACGCCAUGAAUGCUGCUGAGAUCACCGAGAAAUUGGGUCUGCAGUCCAUCAGACCAAGACCAUGGUUCAUCCAAGCCACAUGCGCCACUUCUGGUGACGGUUUGUACGAGGGUCUCGAAUGGUUGUCUACUAACUUGAAAAACGGUAACUAA